GAAGAGACCAUAUUUGUUCGCAGAGGAAGCUGCUGCUUUCUGGGAUCCGACUACAGCAGAAAAGACGUCUGCUCCAACAAGGCCAAUCCAGGGGCAGCUGGGAGUUGGGAGAGCCAAGGACGCCUCCAAGAUCUGGAUUUGGGGUUCUCUGUCCAUGGGUGCAGCAUCCACGCUCAACCUGUGAGCCCCCUCCUAGGACAGUGGCCAUGGCACUGAGGAACGUGCCCUUUCGCUCCGAAGUCCUCGCCUGGGACCCUGACAGCCUUGCUGACUACUUUAAGAAGCUCAACUACAAGGACUGUGAGAAGGCGGUGAGGAAGUACCACAUCGAUGGGGCUCGGUUUUUGAACCUGACCGAAAAUGACAUUCAGAAGUUCCCUAAGCUCCGGGUGCCGAUCCUCAGCAAGUUAAGUCAAGAAAUCAACAAGAAUGAGGAGAGGAGGAGCAUUUUCGCACGCAAACCCCAAGUGCAGCGCUUCCCUGAAGAGACAGAGAACCACGAGGAGGACAAUGGGGGCUGGUCGUCCUUUGAGGAAGACGACUAUGAAAGCCCCAACGAGGACCCGGAUGGGGAGGAGGAUGGCGACUACGAGUCCCCCAACGAGGAGGAGGAGGCGGCGCCCGCGGAAGACGACGCGGACUACGAGCCACCGCCCUCCAACGACGAGGAGGCCCUACAGAACUCCAUCCUGCCCGCCAAGCCUUUCCCCAACACCAACUCCAUGUACAUCGACCGGCCCCCCUCGGGGAAAGUCUCCCAGCAGCCACCUGUGCCCCCGCAGAGACCGAUGGCUGCCCUCCCUCCCCUGCCAGUCAGCCGGAAUCACUCGCCACUACCCCCGCCCCAGCCUAACCCAGAGGAGCCGAGCAGAAGUCGAAACCACAAGACAGCAAAGCUCCCUGCUCCUUCGAUAGACAGAAGCACAAAACCUCCCCUUGACCGUUCGUUAGCUCCCUGUGACAGAGAGCCCUUCAUACUAGGAAAGAAGCCAGCAUUUUCUGACAAGCCCUCGGCUCCAGCGGGGAGGCCUCUCGUGGAGCAUUUAUCCAAGAUACAAAAGCCUCCUUUACCACCAACCACGGAAAGACACGAAAGAAACAGCCCCCUGCCGGGAAAGAAGCCACCUGUGCCCAAGCAUGGAUGGGGACCAGAAAGAAGAGAAAAUGAUGAAGAUGAUGUACAUCAAAGACCUUUGCCUCAGCCAGCACUGCUUUCCAUGAGCUCCAACACUUUCCCUUCGAGAUCUACCAAGCCAAGCCCCAAGCACCCCUUCCCAUCAUCCCACAUGCCCGGAGCAUUCUCAGACAGUAACAGCAGCUUUCCACAGAGUGCUUCCCUGCCACCAUACUUCUCUCAAGGCUCCAGCAACAGAUCACCUCUCAGAGCUGAAGGCAGGAACUUGCCCAUCCCGGUGCCAAGCAAACCCCAGCCACCAUCCCCUGGGGAAGAGGAGAAUUCAUUAAAUGAAGAGUGGUAUGUUUCUUACAUUACCCGACCGGAGGCAGAAGCUGCUCUGAGAAAGAUAAACCAGGAUGGCACUUUUCUGGUUAGAGACAGCUCUAAAAAAACAAUAAGCAACCCGUACGUCCUCAUGGUGUUGUACAAAGAUAAAGUUUACAACAUCCAGAUCCGUUAUCAGGAGGAAAGUCAAGUGUACUUGCUGGGAACUGGACUCCGAGGGAAAGAGGACUUUUUGUCUGUGUCAGAUAUUAUUGACUACUUCAAGAAAAUGCCACUUCUGCUCAUUGAUGGGAAAAAUCGAGGCUCCAGAUACCAGUGCACAUUAACACAUGCUGCAGGGUACCCAUAGCAAGUUAGCCAAGCAUAUGGACCUUCCUCCUGCCUCUGUUGCCAACACAAGGAGAUCUGUCAACCUUGGUGGAUGGAUGAGCACUUAGAAUGGACUCAGACUCAACAUGAACACAGAAUUUUGCCCUUCCCUUUAAAAAAGAGUUUGAAACAAAGACUGUCAAAUAUCCCAUAAUUUAUUUAUUCUUCAUUGUAAAGUUAAUGGGUAAUCAUGUUCACACUAGAAGCCUAGUACUGUGCUACAAUAAUUCACUUUCACAAAUGAAUCUUUGGAUGCUCAUUUCAAAAGUACAGUAGUUUACACCAUUAGAAAAAUAAUCUGGGGCAAGUUUUAAAAUACUGAAACAAAUAGCUUUGGUAAUCUAUAAAACUGAUUUAAUAGCCAAACCUUUGUCAGUGAGAGUCAGUCAUCAGCUUUAUACAUGUAAUCUGAAUGAUACGAUUUCUUUCGUCAGCAGUAAUAAUUUAAAAGUCUUCAAAAAUCUGAUUUCAUUCCUUCUUUGCUGUUUUUUUACUGGUGAGAUUUUUGUGUAUUAUUUGUAUGAAAAGAUAAAUGCCGUGUUGGGCUAA